AUGCCGAUAUGGUCCCGUCGCCCGUCGAAUGUGGCGGUGCUACAGCAGACGUACAGUGAGGCCUAUGAGAACUCGCUGCAGAGCAUUCUCAAAGAGUCGAAUUUUGAGUACGAGGACUCGCUGUCGCAGUGGUCAGUCACUCUUGAAGGAAUCAACAAUGGGUUGGCUGCUGUUGAAGGCUCGCCGUUGCGGAGUGCCCAGGAGAUGUCAUUGAUGAGCUCCAUCAAGGACAUCGAGCGCCAGUGCAAAGAACGAAUGGACUUCUUGCGAACCAAGCUCUACAAUCCAGACCAGGCAACCAAUCCCUACCGCAAUGGUGGAGGCCACGCUUCCACCUCUGGUUCAAUUCGGGGUGCCCGCUCCGUCCCGCGUGUUGCCGUAGGCUCCAAAACCAGAAGCGACGAGUCGGUUCGUUCAGACGUUCCCGCAGUUGCCAAACCACACCAGAAAUCCGCGUCAGAGGGAACAUUCCACCCCAUGCCAAGCGUGAGCGACAUGCCGUAUGGCAUGUACCGCGCCAAACAAUCCGCACUCACAAAGACUCUUAAUCAACUCCAGAUUAACUCCAAUGAACGCACGGAAUCGUCUCUUUCGGUUGGAGCCAAACCUGUUUCACAGCAAUCUGCGGCUCCUCCCCUGCCCGCUCAGCGAACCAUGCUCAAGACGUUAAGAUCUGGCAACACCGAGCGGAGGAAAAAGCAAUCCACCCAGUCUGCAUCAACAGCGGCUACUGCUGCCUGGAAAGCUCCGGCAGCCUCCAAUACCAAAUUAGUGCUCCAAGCGGCCAGAGAGAAGCAAGAGCGUCAACAGGAGCUUAUAAUGCGGACCGCGCAGCAGGCCGUGAAUUCGCGCGAACCCCAGAGUAGAAUCAAGCGGUCGCCUCCCAGUGAACAUUUAUCCCAAUUUAGUGGCUUUGAAGGAGCGUUUUCUAAUGAACUGCCCGGCCGCGACCGAUCAGAGUCGCCCAAGCCUCAACGGCCUGCCUCGCCGGCUCAAUCACAGCAGCAGCAACAGAAGCCCAGACCUACUAAUCGCUAUGUUGUAACCACGAGUCAUGUUGGUGCCAAACGUACCCAGGCCAGUCAUAUUAUUUCGCCAAACCCGCGUCCCCCACAGCCCGAGACAUCCAAAGCCGAGAAACCGAAACCAGCAGAGGCCAAACCCGAUAAAGCAGACCCGGACGAUGAAGAUCUUGAUGAAUGGGAUCUCAUGGCUCGAAGCAAGAUCAAGGAGCUUCGUGGCGUCGACGAAAACGCUGCGAUGCAAAUCAUCUCUGAAAUUGUCCUCAAGGGCGACCCAGUCCACUGGGAUGAUAUUGCUGGUCUGGACAAGGCGAAAACAUCUUUAAAAGAGACGGUUGUUUAUCCGUUCCUGCGUCCAGACCUCUUUAGUGGGUUGCGUGAACCCGCACUCGGCAUGCUGCUCUUCGGUCCCCCCGGAACCGGCAAAACUAUGCUGGCCCGCGCGGUAGCCACCGAAUCCAAGUCUACAUUCUUUUCUAUUUCUGCAUCCUCGUUGACAUCCAAAUACAUGGGUGAAUCCGAGAAAUUGGUACGUGCAUUAUUCCAAAUGGCCAAAGCAUUGGCACCGUCGAUCAUUUUCGUCGACGAAAUUGACAGCAUUCUUACCCAGCGAGCCGAUUCUGGUGAGCAUGAAGCCUCACGCCGAAUCAAGAACGAGUUCCUGGUUCAGUGGAGUGACUUGCAGGCUGCAGCCGCUGGCAAGAACUCCUCAGAGAACCUUCGACGCGUUCUGGUGCUUGGUGCAACUAACUUACCUUGGGCAAUCGACGAAGCGGCCCGUCGCCGUUUCGUUCGGCGUCAAUAUAUCCCCUUACCUGAAGCGGCGACCCGGAAACAGCAUCUGGAAAAGCUCUUGUCUCACCAAAAGCACGCUCUCACUCCCGAAGACAUCGAUGCCCUCGUGACAAAGACCGAAGGCUACUCGGGAAGCGAUGUGACUGCUUUGGCCAAAGACGCCGCAAUGGGACCGCUUCGGGCUUUAGGUGAGGCAUUGUUAACGACAAACCCUGACCAGAUCAGACCUAUGAACAUAACUGACUUUGAAGAUAGUAUGAAGACUAUCAAACCUUCAGUAUCCCCCGAGGGCCUGCUGGCCUUCGAGCAGUGGGCAAGUCUUUAUGGAUCGUCAGGUGCUUAA